AUGGCUACUGAGUUUACACAAACGAGUGGAUUCUCGAUAGCCCAGAUUAAAGAUGCCACACAAAUGCUGGUAUCGAUUCUACAAGACAAUAAGGUGCUCGCACCACUUUAUGAAUCUGCUCGCCGCAACCCCAACAUUGGAGUCAAGAAAUUGAGAAGACAGGUUCGGCAAAGUAUCGAGACAUAUGCGGAGAAUCUAAGGAACGAAGCCACCGACUACCUGUCAUUCUCGGCAUCCCGUCUUGUGCGCGCCAGGGCAAACUACGCUGCCCGAUGUGUUGCUAGUCAGGAGAUUCAGGAACGCCAGCAGCAGCCUCUGAAUAAACUCGACCAAAUCCGCAACGAGGCAGAGGAGAGCUCCGAAGACGACGGCCAAGAGCAACCGGGCCAAGAAAGAGACGUCGGUGAUCUAGUCGCUUUCCGUUCGUUCCUGAUCGAGAGCACUGCCUAUGCAACAUUUCGUGUAGAGUUGGAAACUUUCUGCUUAGCACAACCGGAUCCAUUAGCAAAUGCAGUCGUCACUUGCAGAGAAGACCCGGGGUCAGACAUACGAAGUUCCGCUGUGUUUUCAAGGCAACCGUUGCAGAAUGAGACAGCCCAGGAACCCUGCGGGAGAAUGCUCUGGGCAUCGUACUCUGCAACCAUCAAAGAGGCACGUGCUGCGUUGUCGUCGCGACUAGAUCAACUGUAUCUUGCAAUGGGAUAUUUGGAACCCCCACUAGAAGAAGGCUGGACCCGGAUACGAAGUCAAUGUUGUUGCGGCGAUCGUUUCUUUGACGAUGUAUAUGAGCAAGCCGAGGGUGGUGUCGCGACACUGGUCGAAAAGAUGCACUGUUCCUCCGCGAAUCUCUCCAUCACUGUGGUUCCAUAUAGCUCCCGAUCCCCAAAUCAGCAAUAUAGUCUUCGAAGUCCGACGUGGUUACGGAUGUUUCAAAGCAAGCUUUUGGCGGUGUUCCCUGGGUACGGUGUGCGCUCCAACGCCCUGCCGUACCAUAACGCUGGUAACCCCGGCCCUAUAGCUAGUGGGACGGAUCCGGGUAACCAGCAGCAACAACAGAAUACUUUGCAUCUCAUGUCUUGUGUUCAUCGUAGCCGAGAUCACACAAUUCUCCUACAGGAUGAUAUCAGCCCGAUCAACAACGACAGCGCACUAUUCAGCUUUCUCAAAGCCAGAAUACCACGACGCCGCAACCGACUCUUGCAAAUACUUUCAUGCAGGACCAUCGAAGGCAUCUACUUCAGCAAGUUCCGCCUGCGUCUCGGCGAUAGUGUAGAAGUACGCCAUCACAAUCCAUGCUGUCAAUCCAGCAAUCCAAGCAUAUGUGAAUGCAUCCCACCAGAUUACAAGCUCGUACCAUCCGGGGCUGCAGAGUAUAGUUGCAGAAAGACAAGUCCGCCAGGCACAUGGCCAUUGGUAGGACCCAGCCAUCUAGCCCACAUGCUUAAAUGCCCACUACAAAUCAACGAGAAGCAAAUCUGGAUCUUCAACCUAGUUCCAAAGCGUAACUGGGGGGAACUAAGCGGAAGACCAGAUGAACCAGCCGAGGGAUGGGGUUUCUACUUUGAAGAAGGCUGGGACUUUGACGUCGUGGUAAAUAUAGCUUUCGUCGUCUUCAUGCUAGCGAGUCUGCUAUUUGGGGUUCUCUGGACGGUGCUAAAAUCCGAUAUACAAGGCGCGUUUGGCAAAUCGAAAGUGCCACAAACGCCGUCUGGUCCCCUAUACCCUACCAUCAAGGUGCUGAACAUUUCAGCCUCGGGGCGGAACAAAAUCUCUCCUCUGGGCGUGAUAGUAGCGGCACGUGGUAGUAUGGGUGAAAACUAG